CAGACCGGCGUAAAAGGCGCAUUUUGCCUGACUUAGUAUAUAACCGCUAGAUUGCGCAAUAUACCGAACAUGCUCUUGUUUUGAAUGUAAAUAUUGUGAAUAAUGUCGAUAAGUGGCCUAAUUACUGGGAUGUCUGUAUUUUGGUGCUGUAGGUUAGUGAUGGUGGCAAUAAUGGUCCAGGUUUAGCGCGCGAGAAAUGUGAAAGGGAAACUGGAAACGUUUCAGGUUAUAAGAUGGUCGAAAGUGUAGUGAAAGGAUGCGAUGUAUGAGCAGGACUAUUUACGGUAAAAUUAAGCGACUGUUUUUGUUGUAUGUAACGAUUGGCGUCCUUAUUGUGAUAAUAAUCUUUUUUCUAAACCGUCGGCCGUUUUUAUUCAGUUUUAGUUCGGUAAAUAACGCUAAAUUGUACAAAUAUCGCAAAUCCUAUCCUGGAAGCUACCUAGAGGACUACAAGCCCAACAAUGAAAGUUACUGCAAUUUUAUGUACAACUUACCCGACGAAUUUUCCUACGAAGAAGAGCAUCUGGAGUACGGUCCAGAGCUGGGUGUUAAUGGCUCAUACAAAGUCUUGUACAACGUCAUUAGAGCUAAACAGAACUUGAGCGAUGUUGCGGCAGUGACCUAUGUCACUCACAUAACACCUGACUUUGUGAGUUAUAUUACUGAAGUCGUUCGAUAUUGGGAGGGUCCUGUUAGUAUUGCCGCUUUCGUGCCAGAUUCUGACGCAGAUAUUUUAACGAAACAGCUAAUCCAAUUAUGCCAAUGCCUACCGUCGAUGUCGAAGGUUUCGGUGCACUACGUAUUUCCCAAACUCUAUGCGCCUUACGUUGGAAAAUUCCUGAACGCUGCGAGUCCGACGGACCUAUGCGUCAUUACUGACACAAGCAAUUUAAUAACGUUCCGAAAUAGAAAAGGGCUGAUCUACCCCGUUAAUGUCUCGAGGAAUGUCGCUCGAAAUGCUGCAACAACGACACUCGUUCUGGUAUCUGACGUCGAACUUAUACCCAGCAAGCAUCUCGCAUCGAGAUUUCUGGAGAUGAUCCUAAAGUUUGCGAAAAUGAGUAAUUUCCACUUCAGGCACCACGUCUUUGUGAUUCCCGUGUUCGAAGUCGAUAAUUACGAGAGCGUUCCUAGAAGCAAGAAGGAUUUAAUUCAGCUUGUUAGACGAGAGAAGGCUGUGUACUUUCAUCGACAUAUCUGCUCCCACUGUCAGAAGUUUCCUGGUUUGGAACAAUGGCUUUCGCAGGAUUCUGGAAAAGCAGUUAAGAUUUUCAGCGCAACGAAGAGAAUCUACCCCUAUCACAGAUGGGAGCCCGUUUACAUUGGAACUAAAGACGAGCCACUCUACAGUGAAACCCUCUCAUGGGAAGGAAAACAAGAUAAGAUGACACAAAUGCUGGAGAUGUGCCUUAUGGGUUAUCGUUUUCUGAUACUGGACGGCGCGUUCUUGGUCCAUUGGCCCGGAAUUAAAAGGAAAUCUCCGCAAUCGAAAAGCGUAAGCAAGUGGAGAUAUCCGCAUCAAUUAUGGAACUCAAGACAAUACACUGCAAUUGUUAAAAGGUUAUCAAAAAAGUAUCCUAAGAAUCCUAAAUGUAAAAUGUAACAAAUUUGUAUAACUUUAUACUGUAACGGGUAAUUGUUAUGUUAAGUAAUGUUACUGUUGUUGAUUAUUAUAUUUGGCAAUAAUUCUGGAAGGUAAGAUGUAGUGAUAUCAUAAGUGUGUAUCGUCGUUAUUAUCAAGCUAAAGAUAUGUUAUAAUUUUUGAUAGAUAUAUUUAGCACUUAUUAAUAAAGUACAUUUACGGA